CGCGGCACCCUCCCGAUUCAUUUGCAUGGGGGGAAGCCCCAGCUCCGGGUCCGACCCCCCAGGAGAAGAGAAGCCUCUCGGUGCGGACGAGAAAUUCGCUCCCCGUUCUCCCCACUGCAGGGCGGCCAGCCGUGAGUCCCCGCUUCUCUCCAGCCCCCUCCGCCACACGUACGCUCAGCCGCUCCUGGCACCCGGCGCCUCGCCUCCCUCCCUCUCCCAUCUCUUCGCUGAGGAGCAUGAAAAUGUUCUGCUGGAGGAUGGCUCUGUGGCUGGCUGGGGUGGCCCUCUGGAACAAACUCUCCCGCUGCCGCUGUUCCGGCUUGGAUUUCGACUACGUUUACGAUUUCAGCGAGGAGGAUCAGGCUGAAGCCAUAGAUUACAAGGAUCCUUGCAAAGCCGCUGUCUUUUGGGGAGAUAUUGCCUUAGAUGUUGAAGACUUAAAAAUCUUUCAGAUUGACAGGACAAUUGAUCUUACACAACAUUCAGAGGAAAGAAAUGGACAUAAUACUGGUGGCUUUGAAGAACGUGAGGUGUCCAAAAAAAGCAGUGCUCUCUAUCAGCUUAUAGACAGGAUAAGAAGAAUUGAGUCAGGUUUUGAACAAAAUAAUAAAACAAAGGGAAGAACAGCUCUAACAUUCUCAGGGAGCUAUGAGAGAAAAAGAUUUUCCCGAGCAGCUACAUCGCGCACAGAAAGAAUAUGGCCAGGAGGUGUUAUUCCAUAUGUCAUAGGAGGAAAUUUCACUGGCAGCCAGCGAGCAAUGUUCAAGCAGGCAAUGCGACACUGGGAAAAAUAUACCUGUGUUACAUUCAUUGAGCGAAGUGAUGAAGAAAGUUACAUUGUGUUUACAUACAGGCCUUGCGGAUGCUGCUCUUAUGUAGGCCGAAGGGGCAAUGGUCCUCAAGCAAUCUCUAUUGGCAAGAAUUGUGAUAAAUUUGGAAUUGUUGUGCAUGAGUUGGGACACGUAAUAGGAUUUUGGCAUGAACACACAAGACCAGACAGAGAUGAUCACGUCACCAUCAUCAGAGAGAACAUUCAGCCAGGUCAGGAGUACAACUUUUUGAAGAUGGAGCCUGGAGAAGUGAAUUCUCUGGGAGAACCAUAUGAUUUUGAUAGCAUUAUGCACUAUGCCAGGAACACCUUCUCAAGGGGUAUGUUUCUAGAUACCAUACUUCCUUCCCGAGAUGAUAAUGGGAUCCGACCAGCCAUUGGUCAGCGCACACGAUUAAGUAAAGGAGAUAUUGCACAAGCUAGAAAGCUGUACAGAUGUCCAGCAUGUGGUGAAACACUGCAAGAGUCCACAGGCAAUUUUUCCUCUCCAGGUUUUCCAAACGGUUACCCUUCAUACACACAUUGUAUAUGGAGAAUUUCAGUGACUCCUGGAGAGAAGAUUGUUUUAAACUUUACAACAAUGGACCUCUAUAAGAGCAGCCUCUGCUGGUAUGACUACAUUGAAGUAAGAGAUGGCUACUGGAGAAAAUCACCUCUGCUUGGCAGAUUCUGCGGAGAUAAACUCUCAAACAUCCUCUCAUCUAAUGAUAGCAGAAUGUGGAUUGAGUUCCGUAGCAGCAGCAACUGGGUAGGAAAAGGUUUUGCAGCCAUUUAUGAAGCAAUUUGUGGAGGUGAGAUACAUAAAAAUGAAGGCCAGAUCCAGUCUCCUAAUUAUCCUGAUGACUACAGACCAAUGAAAGAAUGUGUAUGGAAAAUAACAGUGUCAGAGAAUUACAAUGUCGGAUUAACCUUUCAGGCAUUUGAGAUUGAGAGACAUGAUAAUUGUGCCUAUGAUUAUUUAGAAGUCCGAGAUGGAAUGAGUGAAAGCAGCCCUUUGAUUGGCCAUUUUUGUGGCUAUGAUAAACCUGAAGAUAUAAGAUCUACCUCAAAUACCUUGUGGAUGAAGUUCGUUUCUGAUGGAACAGUCAAUAAAGCAGGAUUUGCUGCUAAUUUUUUUAAAGAGGAAGAUGAAUGUGCCAAACUGGACAAUGGUGGAUGUGAACAACGAUGUGUGAAUACUCUGGGCAGUUAUCAGUGUGCUUGUGAUCCAGGUUAUGAGCUUGGGCCUGAUAAGAAGAGUUGCGAAGCUGCCUGUGGGGGACUUCUGACAAAGCUUAAUGGGACCCUAACAACACCAGGGUGGCCCAAAGAAUAUCCUCCUAAUAAAAACUGCGUGUGGCAACUUGUUGCUCCCACCCAAUAUAGAAUCUCAGUGAAGUUUGAGUUCUUUGAACUGGAAGGGAAUGAAGUGUGCAAAUAUGAUUAUGUGGAAAUCCGUAGCGGCCUUUCUACUGAUUCCAAACCACAUGGCAAAUUUUGUGGUACAGAAGUGCCUGAAGUUAUCACAUCCCAGUAUAACAGCAUGAGAAUUGAGUUCAGAUCAGACAACACAGUUUCAAAAAAAGGUUUCAAAGCUCACUUCUUCUCAGAUAAAGAUGAAUGUUCAAAGGACAAUGGUGGCUGCCAGCAUGAAUGCAUUAACACUUUUGGAAGCUACGUAUGCCAAUGUCGCAAUGGAUUUGUGCUUCAUGAAAACAAACAUGACUGCAAGGAAGCUGAAUGUGAACAGAAAAUCCACAGCCCAAAUGGAAUUAUCACAAGCCCUAACUGGCCUGACAAGUACCCAAGCAGAAAGGAAUGCACGUGGGAAAUAAGUGCCACACCUGGUCACAGAGUCAAAAUAGUUUUUAUUGAGUUUGAAAUUGAACAACAUCAGGAAUGUGCUUAUGACCAUCUGGAGGUGUUUGAUGGAGAAAAUGAAAAAUUUCCAAUUCUAGGGCGUUUAUGUGGAAAUAAGAUACCAGAUCCUCUUAUUGCCACAGGAAAUAAAAUGUUCCUUCGAUUUGUCUCUGAUGCAUCAGUUCAAAGAAAAGGCUUCCAAGCAACCCAUUCAACAGAGUGUGGUGGUCGCCUGAGAGCUGAAAGCAAGACAAGAGAUCUUUACUCUCAUGCUCAGUUUGGUGAUAAUAAUUACCCAGUUCAAACAGACUGUGAAUGGUUACUGGUGUCAGACUAUGGCUAUCAAAUAGAGUUAACUUUUCAGACUUUCGAAGUGGAAGAAGAAGCAGAUUGUGGCUAUGACUAUUUAGAAGUCUUUGAUGGUCAUGAUACAUUUGCUCUGAGGAUUGGCCGGUUUUGUGGAUCAGGGCCCCCGGAAGAAAUUUAUUCAGCAGGUGAUUCUAUUUUACUCCAUUUUCAUACAGAUGAUACAAUUAACAAAAAAGGCUUUCAUAUACGAUACAAAAGCAUAAAAUAUCAAGAUAAUGUUCACACCCCAAAAUAACACAAGGCUCCUUUAGCUAUCAAAUGAGACAGAGAAUGACUGUUUUGAAGAGGUGGGGGGGGUUCUUUAAAAAAAAUACAGACAAUAUUAGUAAAAAGCAAAGAUUUUUAGCCCAUGAGUUCAAACAGAAGGAAAACUGAAACAUCUCACUGUUAAAUGUACUCCUCUUCUGUGGAGGAACAGACAUUAUGGUGACGACAUAUGGUCUCCAUUCAUGGUUGUCUUUGCAAAGCUGGUGAAAAGACAUUGCAUGCUUCCAAGGAGACUGUAAGAGCUUUGUUCACAGCUUGACAAAUGUCAUGGUUGUUUCCAUCUUCAAUAACAGGAAAAGAUCCUGCUGACUGUAACUUUUUGACAAGUGACUUGAAUCCAGGAGAGGAGAAAAGCUCACCUUCUACAGGUCAUGCACUUGAAAUGUUGUCUUUGUAUUUUUCUUAUUCUAAAUGCAUUGAUGGCAUAUCCAAGAUCUAAAAUGUACAAAGAAAAGUCAGGAGAAGAGAAAUCUGAAUUUUUCCAUCACUUCACAUAUUAUUAUAAAAACUGGAAAACUGUAUCUGCAAAAUCAUUAAAUCUGUGGACGGUUCUGGUUACAAUAACAUAAUAGAAUGGAUUAUUUUACAUUCAUGGUAACUAUGAAUACAUUCAGACUUUGGAUAUUGUCAGUGACUGAGUAUAUUAAGUGUAUUACUGCUGAAGUACUGUAGUAUGCUGAGCUCUCACAUUAGACUAAGAACCAAAUCAGAACUGGUCUUUUGGCAGACCUUUUCCCAGUGAGCAACAGAAGGAAUCAGGACCAGAAUAAGCCAAAACAUCAAUCAUGAAUUUCAUUUCAGUAGUAAAAAUGAACUGUUAAUCUGUAUUUCCUUGGAAAUGUUUGUGAAUGAACUAAUUAUUUUAUUAUUAUUUUAAACCAAUAACAAUGAAAAAAGAGUGGUUUCCAAAAACCUAGGUUUCCCAAGCAUUUUUUUUUUUUCCUUUUGUGGUGGCAAAGACUAUUUCUAUGGUGCUAUUCCAUGAACUUUAAAAGAAAUCCCCAUAUCCCAAGAUACUAGAUUUUUGAGCCAAUAAACUGCUGAUCAUUAUGCCUUGUUGCAUAUUAAGAGGGACAACUUCUAGGCAUGAGAAAAGGAUUAUUUCAGCGGCAGCACAAACUCUGUGAAACAAACUACAAUUGCCUUAGAAUAUUUGUACAUGAUCAUACAGAUCUUCUUGUAGAUAUAUAUCUGAUUUGAUAAAGUUGAUGACAACUUGAACAUUUUAAAUGUGUGUUCACAAAAAUGAUCCUUAAGCAAAUUGCCAUGCACAGAGCAAGAUCAUCAGUUGUAAAUACAGCACAGCAGACUUGUUACCAAUGUAGAAUAUGUUACUUUUAGAAGUUUUAUUCUAUGUGCUUUAGGCCAUACGUGGAUUUAGUCACAAUGUAUAUGCAUCAUGUAAGUUAGUACGAAUGAGUAAGAGUGAGAAGUGUUGUGUAUGUAUGGACAGGUAAAUUGUAUUUCAUGUGCCAAGUUCUACCACAAUCUCAAUUGAGUGUAGCAACUUCUUUAAAUAGGACUGUAAUAAAGAAUCAAGAGCUAAUGAAAUGUUUAUGUUCCAUUAAAAGAACUAUUUUGAUAUCAUUUGAUGUUGGUUGCUAUUUCGUUUAGUUUUUGUUUCCUUACCAGGAUAAAUACACUGGCAUUAAUAUUUUUUUUAAAAAACAAUAAUAAAACUAAACUAAGCAUGUGUAGGUCUCAUUGCUUCUAUUUAACAGCUGUUUCAUUUAUCAAAAGACAACAAACUUACACAGUCUUUAGAACACUUUGUUUAGGAGAUGGCUGACAAGUGUUAACUUCAUCACAAACUGCUGAAAUAUGGGCACAUUUGUAUAAUCCACAUAACCAAAAACUAGACAAACACACUUUAAUUUAGUGCAUUGUUCAAACCCAGGGUGUAUGAUUAAUUUAUGAUUCACUGUAUCCCUUAAAAUGUGUUAUAUUAAUUGUAUUACUCAGAAAAUGGAGUAAACCAUGGUUAAACCAACCAUGUGCAAGCAUGUUAUGCAAACAUAGCCAAUGUUUUCUCUUACGAAUAGCAGAUUAUUGAAGCUUGAAGAGGCAAUAGUCAAGCUGAGCUUUACUGCAUAUUAUAGUGAGUACAGAAUAGCAGAGGAUGUAUGUUGGGACAAGAGCAACUUGCUACGCUCUUGUAGUAAUGCAAAUUACACAGCUCUGUAUGUCUUUGUUAUGUGGUCAAACCCAUGAUGUUCUUGACACACACAGGUGUGUGGUGUAUGCACACACACACAGAGCACUGAAGCAGAAGCAAGUUAGGAAAGAAUAACUGAACAUACAAAAGAAAAAUCCAUGAAAACCGAAUAGAAGAAUUUUGUUUAUAUCUUUUGCUUCAACAAACUUCUUAAACAUUUGGCAGAGUUCUACUGAGAUCAGAAUUAUAUUGGCUGAUUUGGAUAUACAAUUUUGAUAUGGGAAAUCCAGGCUGUGCGUUCAAAUAGAUGUCUUCCAAAGUCAAACAUAUGUUAGCAAUAAUUUUAUAGUUCUGAAUGUAGGAUAUUUGUAUCAUGAUUUGGGUCAGUUUAUUUAAUGAGUUUACAUUAGGUUUGCCAUGGCAGUGGUUUUCUUGAGAGUGUUUCCUCUACCAAGAAUUCUGUAUUGUAAGGUUUUGUGUUACUGCUAAAAAGCUUGAAAAAAUUGUUGAGAAAUGUAUUAAUGCAUUAUUACCCGAACUGAAUA